GCAACCCUGGUGUUAGAAGCGUCAUGCUCUACCAACUGAGCUACAGGAAUAUAUGAAAAGUUAAUACUUGUUUUUGUACAUCAGUUAACUAUUCUUUAAUCACAACAAUAUUGGCCUUCUUGUAUACUAUGCUCAAACCCAUUAGAAAAUGGCAGUCAAACAUUAUAGAUGCACUUACAAAAACAGGCUAAGAGCCAAAAGACAGUGGAGAGCUAUUUACCAUUACAAUAGCAUUCCAGGAUUCCACAGAUACUUUAACCCUCAUGGGAACUCAUCUCUGCCCAAUUGCCAAUAGUCAGGCUCAGGGUCUACAAGAACAACAAUAACGUUUUCAAGGGAUGGAUAGCCUUGCUUGCAGCCUUGCUUGCAAUGAAGCAACAAAGAAAUUGGGUGAACUCAAGAGUAAAAUAAAUCCAAUAUUGUUUCAUUUGUAUUUUUUGAUGAUAACGAUGAUGAUGAAUAGAUCUGUUUUAUUUAUUGUUGCUGAACUAUUCGGGUUUUGUUGUUUCUGUUUUUGGUGCUUACACUUACACACAGAUAUAAUGUAAUGGCAAUCGCCUACUGUCUAAUUGUAUGGUCAUUUCUACACUGUCCUCGAGGUUGCAUGACUUCGAGCGCACAAAUGCGCGCGUAUUGUGGUAAGUGUAGUUUGCACGUGCGCAUUGGAAAAUAGGUCCUACUUUGAACACUGGAAUGUAGUUUCUUUGUUAUUCCGUUCGGUCAUUAAAAAGCCAUUAUUUCCACCUGUAUUCGGGUAGAUGGGUGUAAUUCAAUACAAACCAUAUGCAAAAAAGCAUUUAUCAAAAUACGGUUAUUUGUUUUGGGGAAGAAACGCCAAACAAUUGAGAACUACAUGUCCCAUCGUGUGUUGGUUAAUUUUUCUUGCACGCCGCCUCUCCCUCUGCCUGCGUGUUCUAAAGGAGGCUGUCAAGCUGAGUUCAGGGAAAACACAGAGCUGCCGAUCUGUCAAUCAUAAUUAGCAACCACAGCGAGUGAAACUGGGAGGAAGGUCGGUGAAACGGUAUUGUACUUUCUGUGAAACAAUUAGGCUAUGCGUCGGAAAGGAGAGGAAAAUAAGUAUCCAAGUGUGCUUAAAAUUAUUUGUUCUACUUUGGAAGGAAUUGCAUAAAAGAGCUUUCACUGAAAGCCAAACUCGGCGAGUGUUACUUGCUAGCGCUUGUCUUGCUAGCAACUAUUCUGCCUGGAGAACGAAACAUAUCCAGUGUUACUUGCUAGCGCUUGUCUUGCUAGCAACUAUUCUGCCUGGAGAACGAAACAUAUCCAGAAAGAAGGUAACCACGGACGCACGACACUUUGGGAUUUAAUUUGGCUAUUUAACACACUUCUUGACAAAAGUGGUUGAUACAUUUCAGAGGACUAUCUUAAAGUAUCGUUGUUGGUGACUCGCAGCGCAGUCUAUCGAGGGAGGUGUGACGGUUCACUCAAAACAAUCUCGGCCACAACAUCCAGACGGAAAGGAGGAAAGAUGAGCGGGGGAGAUGUGGUGUGCUCGGGCUGGCUAAGAAAAUCACCUCCAGAAAAAAAGUUGAGACGUUACGCAUGGAAGAAGCGGUGGUUUGUUCUCCGCAGCGGCCGUCUCUCGGGCGACCCAGACGUGCUGGAAUACUACAAGAAUGACCACGCCAAGAAGCCCAUCCGCGUGAUCGACCUCAACCUGUGUGAACAGGUGGACGCAGGGCUCACGUUCAACAAGAAGGACCUGGAGCACAGCUUCAUCUUCGACAUCAAGACCAUCGACCGCGUCUUCUACCUGGUGGCCGACACGGAGGACGACAUGAACAAGUGGGUCCGCUGCAUCUGUGACAUCUGCGGCUUCAACCCCACAGACGACGAAGCGGCGAAGGCUGCCCACCAGGCGGGCAGCGGUGGCUCAGUGGUGGACACACCCCCUCACCCGGGGUUGGGCGUGCUGGGGGGUCCUCCGGCCAUGCUGACCAACGUGCCCCCUCCCUACCAGCCAGUCAGCGUGCGCCACUUGGACUCAGAGUCCAGCCUGGAUGAACCCCAGGACUACCUGUGGCUGGUCAACUGUGAGAGCAAGAAGCCAGAGCCCAACAGCUCUGUGACUCCUCUCCCUCCUACUCCUCUCCCCCCCUCCGAGGGGGACCAGGAGUACCUCCUUCUGGGGGAGUGUGAGAGCAAAGGGGCUCCUUCUCCUCCUCAGGUUAAUCAAGCCCACGCCGAGUGUUCCAAGUCGACCUCGUCGGAGACGGACCUGAACGACAACGUCCCUGCCCACCGCACGCCAACCUCCACUAGCUCCUCCUCCUCCAAGCACGCCAACGGCUUCUUCUUCUCUGUCCCGCCCCCUCACCCCGCCUCCGCCUCCUCCAUCUACGACUCCCCGCCCUCCCGCGGCGCCUCCCUCUCCACCGACCUCUCCUCUGGCCUCUACCAACUCCCCCGCUCCUAUUCCCAGGACACCGUGCUCCUCCCCAAGUCGGCCUCCACCUCCUCGCCCCCCAUCCCAGUCGACGGCGACGCCCCGGAGCUCUACGUCUUCAACACGCCCUCGCGGAAGCCCUCCAUGGAGACUCAGAUGAGGAACCUGUCGGUUAGCUACGAUAUUCCUCCCACACCAGGCAGUAACUGUACCUAUCAGGUGCCUCGAGGUCCACCAAGUGGUGGGUCUGAGGGUGGUGACGUGAUGCCUCCCCCCCGGCCCCCCAAGCCUUCACUCAACUCCCUGACCUCUGGGCACCCGCCGCCCCCCGCGGAGCGCUCGCCCACGGACACGUACUGCGUGCCGCGCUCGAUGUCGGAGACGGACGGGAACUACUGCGUGCCCACCAGCGCCGGGAGCAAGGCCCUGCGGAGCAACACCAUCGGCACCAUGGACUCAUCACGCCUCAGGAAAGAUCUUGUGUCCCAGGACUGUUACGAUAUCCCCAGGUCGUUUCCCUCUGACAAGAGCUGCUCGUUUGACUUCAACGAAAGCUUCAACAGCUACUUGCCUACCUCUCUCUCUGCCCCCCCUCCCCUUCAGAAAAACAAAGGCAUGAUGCCAGUGGGCAGCCAGUCCAUGGAGGAAGUUGACCAGAACUACGUACCCAUGAACGCAAACUCCCCGUCCCACCACCGCUCCGGCAGCCUGUCGGGCUGUGAACCCAUCAUGGAACCCAACUAUGUACCCAUGACCCCGGGCCCGGGCACGUUAGAGUUCUCCCUGGGCAAGCAGGUUCCCCCGCCGGCCCACAUGGGGUUUCGCUCAAGCCCCAAGACCCCACCCCGCAGGCCCAUGCUCAUCAGCGAUUGUCAGCCCCCGCCCGUGGACCGCAACCUCAAACCGGACCGCAAAGGUCAGAGUCCUAAAAUAAUAAGAGCAAAGGGUGUUGGUUUAGAGCGAACCGACUCUCAGACCGUAGGGGAGUUCCCAAGACGACGCAAGGCCAAGCCCGCCCCUUUGGAGAUCAAGCCCCUACCUGAGUGGGAGGAUUCAUCUGCGCCCGUCCGCUCGCCUGUCACCAGGUCAUUCGCUCGGGAUCCCUCCAGGUUCCCCAUGCCUCCCAGGCCUCCCUCGGUGCAUAGCACCGCCUCCAGCACCGACUCCGAGGACUGUGAUGAGAAUUAUGUAGCCAUGGUCUCUAAGGCAGAUGAACUAAACAUGAAGCGGGGUGCGCCCAUGACGGCGGACGGGGGGAGCAGCCCAAUGGUGAAGCCCAAAGGAGACAAGCAGGUGGAGUACCUGGACCUAGACCUGGACCCCGGCAAGUCCACCCCACCACGGAAGAAGAGUAAUGGGAUUGGUCUGGCGGUGUCAGAUGAGCGGGUGGACUACGUAGUGGUGGACCAGCAGCGGACGCAGGCCCUCAAGAGCACCCGGGAGGCCUGGAACGACGGACGCCAGUCCACAGAGACAGACACCUCCACCAAAGGGCCCAAGUGACCCCAGCUCACCCAGCUACAGCCCCACGCCGCUGGGCCACAGACAUUACUCCAAGCCCAGGCUCGGCCUUCCCCUCCUCCAGACUCCCAGUGCCGACGCGAAGGGGCAGGCAGACCUCCAGGGCUGCUGAACUGUCUUUAGUUUACCCUGCUAUCAGUCAGUCUGAGGACAGAAGAGCGACAGCACAGCGCCCCUCUGUGGCAGACAGGGGGUAUGUGCCAGGAAUAAGCUGUAUGCAGUAUGGAAGCAAGUAGAAGGAUUGAUUGAUGAAUCAGUCCUCACCUGCCCGAAUGGGGACUCUGUAAAGACAUUACCACAUUGACAAAGACUUGGAGUCUGGAACACUUACUGCCUCUUAUGGUGGAUUUCAGUUGGUUGGAGAAUGACCAGGAGAAGACUUAAAGAAAACAUUUCCUUUAUGAUUAAAUCACAACACUGUAGGGCACUGUCUGGAGUCUGUUUUGGGAGAGAAUGAGUCAUCUCUCUUUCAGAAUCAGAAUGCUUAGUGUCUACUUAAUACUUUACUGCCAAGGUUGCCUAGUUUUGCUGGUAGGAAAUUGGGCAAUUUUCUCUUGUACAGGUCAAAUAUUAUCCAAAACAUUGUAAGAGAGAGAACCAGGUUUUCUUAGUGAAAAACUUGUUGUGAAUGCAAGAAAAUAGAAUGCGAGUUACUUUUUAUGAAACGCAACUGACCAAGUGCUCAAUCAAAGGUUUGGAUUCACUGAAACAACGUCAUUUAAACGACUGAGAAAUGAUUUUCUUACUAUUUUAGAUUUUCGUGGAAGAGGAAAUGCUUCAUAUUUGCAAAACAAAAAGACUGUGUACAAAAGUGUUAUGUAUAUAAACGGAAAGUGUCCUUUAUUCAACACUAUAUAUGGUGUGUGGUAAUUCUGCAGGGUAGAAUUCUAUACGCUCUCCGAGAUGGUAUCGGGACAUGUGAUAUGAUAUGAAAUGACAGAAUCAACUGUGACAGCUUUUUAACGGGAAGCUCCCCGACACUUUCUGUGAGUUAUGCAAAGGUGUCAACCUUAGGUUUAUAGACGAGAGAAAUCAGGUACUCAUUAAAAUACUAAUAACAGCUAUUUCCAUUUCUAAUUUAUUUUGAGUUAUCUCAACGAUAGAUGUCCGAGUAAUAAUCUAUAAACAGACAAAAGAUUUGAUGGGUAUAGAACAAAGUGCUGUUUAAAAUGCCUUCUUAACGAACGCCAGUCAAUUUGCUUCAGGAGUUUAUUAUUGUGAUGAUCAAUUCCCUUAUUGACUGGCGCGUCAAUUUAAUUCUCUCUUAGGUUUUAAUUUAUUUCAAAUGGAUUUACACGUAAACCGUCUGGGAUCUGAUGUAUGUAUGCCUUACGAUCUACUUUACUUGAUGUCUUUUUGUAAAUAGUGAGUAAUUGUGAUGUUUUACCUAAAAAGAAAAUACUUCAGAAUUGUAGUGUUUUUCAUGAUGACUAUUCGCUUUACUAACUUUCCAGGGACCCUAUUAACAAAGUGUCUGAGUAGGAGUGCAGGGCCCAGUUUCCCAAACGAUCCUACGGUUCUAACGAUUAACUUAGCCUUCAGAUACUUUUGGGAAACUGGGCCCUGGUCUAGGAUCAGGUCUCCCCUGUUGUAUUCGGCGCAUGUGACCAAUAAAAUUUGAUUUGAUUUGAUCAUUGUUAAAGGCAAAACAGAUCCUAGUUCAGCACUCUUACUCUGAGAUGCUUCAUGAAGACGGGCCCAUUUCUCACACACAAGUCCUAAGCAUGUUUUACCAGGAGAAUAAAAGUCUUUGCUGUAUAUAUUUGCACCAACUAUUCCAGCAUGAAUUGAAAAACUGUGCCUGUACUGUCAUUUCCAUACUUUCAUUCUCACCAUCCCAUUGCAGCUUUGUCUCGAGACCAACUGCAAAACGUUGAUGCUUUAUCUUUUUUUAAAGAAUCAAAAGAGAAACAUUUCCAUUUGAAAGUAAACUAAAUAAAAACAA